UCUGUGCACAGAAGUCAAACUCAAUCAUACAUUAUCAUCAUAACAAUUGUUUAUAGAUAAGUGGCUCUCCUUGCAGGCCAAAGAUGAUAAAGUCAAAUGAUGCUGAUAGCUACACAAACAUAGUGUAAACUAAGACCUUGCACCAAAUUUGCACUCAUCUGCAUAACUUUUGUCUAGCCAGAAUCUAAGUUGGCCUAAGAAACAAUUGAAGAAGGGCUCUAGUUAUUUAUAGUUACUGUAGAAAGUCUAUUUUUGAUUGAUCUGCAUCAACCAUGGAAAUUUCAUACUACAUCCUCAUCUUCACUUUCCUUUACUUGCUAAAGAACCAUCUCUACAGAAAAUUCAAAAAUCUCCCACCAAGUCCCUUUAUCUCUUUUCCCAUAAUAGGCCAUUUGUAUCUGUUCAAGAAACCACUUCAUAAAACAUUAGCCAAGAUCUCAGCAAAACAUGGUCCUUUGCUUUUCCUCCGAUUUGGAUCGCGUCCUGUCCUGCUUGUCUCUUCCCCUUCUCUUGCAGAGGAAUGUUUCACCAAAAACGACGUCGUUUUUGCCAACCGUCCAAGGUUGCUUGCUGGAAAACAUCUUGGUUACAAUUAUACCACCCUUGUUUGGGCUUCAUACGGCCAACACUGGCGCAACCUAAGACGGAUUGCUACUCUUGAAAUCUUGUCCACUCUGAGAGUUCAAAUGUUUGCUGAUAUCCGUAGAGAUGAGGUUCGCACUUUGAUCCAACGACUUGUAACGGGCAAAACCAGUGUUGGAGAUUCUAACACGAACGUGGUGGAUAUGAAAGAGGCUUUCUUUGAGAUGACAUUGAACAUCUUGAUGAUGAUGAUUGCUGGGAAGCAGUACUAUGGUGAUUCUGGUGAUAAUUGGAGGAAUCUAGGGAGGUUUAAAGAGAUGACAGAAACUUUCCAAUUGAGUGGUGCAAUAAAUAUAGGAGAUUUUGUGCCAAUGCUUAACUGGAUUGGAGUAAACAAACUUGAAGAUAAGUUGAAGUUACUGAAGGAGAAGAGGGACAAAUUCAUGCAAGAUUUGAUUGAAGAGCACAAGAACAGCAGAAAGGGAUCUUCUGUUGAGCAAAGGAACAAUACCAUGAUUGAUGUUCUUCUAUCACUCCAAGAUUCAGAACCUGAGUAUUACACAGAUGAAGUGAUAAGGGGCAUGGCAAUAGUCAUGUUAACAGCAGGGACUGAUACUACAGCUGGCACAUUGGAAUGGGCAUUAUCACUUCUUCUAAACAAUCCCAAGACCCUAAAGAAAGCUCAAAACGAAAUCGACACUCACAUUGGAGAGUCAUCAAGAUUACUUGAUGAUUCAGACCUUGCUCAACUCCCUUAUCUCCAUGGAAUCAUAAACGAAACUCUCCGAAUGUGCCCAGCUGCUCCGAUUCUUGUGCCGCACGAGUCCUCGGAUGAGUGUGUCGUUGGAGGUUUUCGUGUCCCAAGAGGUACAAUGUUACUAGUGAAUUUGUGGGCAAUACAAAAUGAUGCUAAGUUGUGGGAAGAUCCAAAUGAAUUCAAGCCUGAAAGGUUCAUCGAUUUUAAAGGGCAACGAGAUGGGUUCAGGCUAAUACCAUUUGGAUAUGGCAGGAGAGGAUGUCCAGGGGAGAAUUUGGCAAUGCAUGUGGCUGGUUUGGCAUUAGGAUCACUUAUUCAGUGCUUUGAAUUGAAGAGAGUAAGUGAAGAGCUGGUUGACAUGACUGGAGGACCUGGACUCACUAUGCCUAAGGCUAUACCAUUGCUAGCAAAAUGUAGGCCACGCCAAAAUACUGUCAACCUUCUUGCUCGUUUGUAAUCACAAUUCUUCCCUGCACUUUCGCUUUUCAGACAUAAUUAAUAAACGCAGAAAGCAAUACUACAUUUGUCUAUUAACACCUUUCUAAAUAAACGCUAAAGCAAAAGUAACAUCUAUUUUCAAGUAGCUUGCUAAUUGUUCAUAGCUUGCUAGGCAAAAUCAGUAAUUAUUGGAGAGAGCAGGCUUCCUG